AUGUCUCUGCUAUCGGGAUCAAUACAGCCUCCCUUGUUGUCCCUUCUAUCCUCGACCUCGGCUCCUUCCCUUUCUCCCCUCUUCCGUGCCGUGACCGACGAAUCCAAAGACUCAUAUAUAGUCUCACUAUCCGAUUCCUCACCAGCUCAAGCACCUGGAUCUUCACGAUCCGUUCCGCAUACUCAACCGAAAGGAUGUAUCUUACACGACGUAGUGCAUAUCCAAUCUUCCAAUCCUCGACAAACAUACAUUCAAGCUGGUUGUUCGCUAAGCGAAUAUCGAAAGAGACUGGAAAAAGGGAAAGCAAGGGAUGAUGGAGGGCUUCCAUUGGGUAUAGAAUUACCUUGUAUGGGUCUACAAGUGAAAAGGUUGGGUAGGAGACAUAUGAGCUUCGAAGUCGGUAUAGUGGAUAAUAGAGGUAGGGAAGGUUCAGUGAGACUCUCAAGUUUCAAGAAGAAUCCAACUGUGCAUCCUCAUCGCUCUCCAGCAUUGAUCCAUCUUCCUUUACAACUGCCUCAACAGACUCCUUCGACAUUGACCCCGUGGGUCCACAUACCGGUCAGCCUCGCACCUCUGAUCCAGCUCUUUCAUAGCCUCCCUAGACCUCAGCGGCAUGCUUCGGAUGAUGGCGAUGAUGACGAUGAGGAUAGUAGAAAGCGAAGAAAAGUGGCAGAAUUACCUAGUGGGACCUUCGCGAGCGUAAGCUACGUAAGGGUUUAUGCAAAUUGCAGAGUCAGAAGGAUAUGGUUUUCUGUAGAUGGGGAAAGGACGAUCCAAGGUAUGGGUAAGGGUGUGAGGGAUGAGUGGGAAUUGUAUGCGGCGGAUGAGAUGGCCUAG